CCUCGUAGACGAGCCUUUUAUAGUUUCCGCGCCAUUUCUCUCUCUCUCUCUAUAAUCUGCAAAAACCUCCGUUUUCUCUCUCUACCUUUCCCCUCUCUCUCUCUCUCUCUCUCUCUCGGGGAAAACGAAGGGACGCCGGCCGGAGAUGGCUCUGAUCGACGACUACUGGUCCGAUGAUCCGAUCCCCCGAGGGACCUGCGUCGUGAUCGGCGGCCGAGGGUUUGUGGGGAGGUGGCUCGUCUUCCGGCUCUUGAAACUCAGGAGGUGGGUCGUCCGAGUCGCCGAUUCUUCUCAGUCCCUCCAGCUCGAUCCCUCCUCUCCCCUCGACUCCGCUCUCUCCCAAGCUCUCUCCUCCGGCCGCGCUUCCUACCACUCCGUUGAUGUCAGACAUCGGCCCCAGAUCGUCGGAAGUAUUGAAGGUUCAAGUGUCGUCUUUUAUUUGGAUGUUGAAGCUGCACAUGAUCAGGACUUUUAUACCUGCUAUAUGAACAUUGUUCAAGGUGCAAAAAAUGUCAUUGAUGCUUGUCGAGAGUGCAAAGUAAAGCGUCUGAUAUACUACAGUUCCGCAGAUGUGGUUUUUGAUGGUUCAUGUGACAUAUACAGUGCAACUGAAUCUAUACCAUACCCUUCAAAGUAUAACGAUAUGUGGAGUGAGCUUAAGGCUCAAGCAGAGGCACUGGUUCUGUUUGCAAAUGAUAUUGAUGGUCUCUUGACAUGUGCACUCCGUCCAAGUAAUGUUUUCGGGCCAGGAGAGACGCAAUUUAUGCCAUUUCUUAUCAAGCAGGCGAAAUCUGGUUGGACAAAGUUUAUUGUAGGAACUGGGGAAAAUAUGUCUGACUUUACAUAUGUUGAGAAUGUUGCUCAUGCCCAUGUUUGUGCAGAGGAAGCUUUAGAUGCCAGAUCAGUAUCAGUGGCUGGAAAGGCAUUUUUUGUCACUAACAGUGAACCAAUGAAGUUCUGGAAAUUUGUAUCUCUCAUACUUGAAGGCUUGGGAUAUCAAAGACCUUUCAUCAAGCUUCCAGUUAUGAUGGUCCAUUACAUCUUAUUGUUUGGUGAAUGGUUGCACAAAGAGCUGGGAGUCACUAAGCAUAACCAUAUGAGGUCAAGUCAUUAUGUCGUGUCUUCAGCAUCUCGGACGAGAACGUUCGAUAGCUCUGCAGCUCGGGAGCAGAUUGGAUACACACCAGCUGUUACACUGGAAGAAGGAAUUUCGAGGACCGUUGAAUCAUUUUCUCAUCUUGCCAGAGACCCAUCCUAUAUGGAUUACACCAAUUUAAGUGAACAGUCAAAGGCAGAUAAGCUGCUCGGAAGUGGGAAAGUUGCGGAUAUUUUGCUAUGGAGAGAUGAAAAGACAACAUUUACAUGCUUCCUGACUUUGGUUCUGCUGUUUUACUGGUUUUUCCUUAGUGGAAGAACCUUUAUCUCAUCCACAGCCCUACUUCUCCUGACGAUGACUAUUGUUUCUUUAGGAUAUGGCUAUCUACCCUCAAAUAUUCUUGUCAGAAGUAUCCAUGACCUCUCUACUAGACCAACUACUCUGAAAAUGAACCAUCAACUAUGUGCUUUGAUCAGAUGUGGAUUUUCCGUCCCAGUGGCAUCCCCAUCUUGUUUCGAGAUAGAAGAAAACCUAGUGAGAGAGUCAAUUAGAAGUAUUGUAUAUGUGUGGAACAGAGGGAUUCGUGUCUCAAGAUUAUUGGCCCGAGGAGAGGACUGGAAUAUUUUUCUCAAGGCAGCAGCCUAUCUUUGUUUCCUGAAGUUUGUCAUAGCUCGUCACUUGACAACGGUCCUAGGUGCAGCUCUGGUCUUUUCAUUCACAUCAUUCUUUGUUUACGAGCAAUAUGAGGCUGAACUUGACGCUAUCGUGAAGGUCGUCUUGAAUAGAACGAGGAGAUUAAAGGGACAGGUUCUGAGGUACUUUCCGAUAUAUGUAGGCUCCUUGCUUUUGUAGAGACUGAUACAUUUGAAGAAGACAGGAGUUUCAUGACCCGAAGUGACCUGCAGUGGUUGUCGAUUUUUUUGAGGUACAGAGAAAAAAGAAAUGGCAUAGCAGAACAUCUUGAGCUCCAUUAACAAUUUUUGUUGUCUAGAGAUAUGGGAACUUGGAUGCUGUAGAUAUAUUUGACAGUGUUAGCUCACACUGCUUGACACUUAUCAGCAAUUUCGUCGUGUAUAGAAGUUUACAAGAAAUUAUCUCUACCUUAUUUCAAUUUUUUGGCAAAUUCGGUCACA